GAAGACAGAGAGUGGCAAAGCUAACGGAUAAUCCAAUUCUAGAAUCCAAAACACACACCAAAAGAAGAGAAUAAAUGGCAGUGAUAGUUUCUUCACCUUCUCCUUCUCCUUCUCCACUUCCCAUUUCACGGCCGAUUACUUGUCCAAAUCCCCCUUACUCUCGCCGGUGCCAACUGAGACCGAUCACAGCGUCCCACGUCUGCACCCCUCACGACAUCAACAAAUCGUCCCUCGUAAUCGCCGAAACUGAAGCCGAAGAUGAGCUCUGGGCCGCCUCUUGUCUCCGUGUCCGCUCCUUCCACAACUUCCAUGAUUCCUCCUUCAGCAUCCAAGAUCAUAAGAAGUACUUAGCGGAGCGUGAAUUUGAAGCAGUGAAAGAACGUAUUUCUGGUAAAAGAACUGGAUUUAGAAGAGUUUCUUGUAUCAAUGCCACUCUUCCUUCAUCUCAAUUAUCUGAUUAUGAUGAUUUAUGCACCGAAUGUAAGUAUACUAAUAACGGUGAAGAUCGAGUAGUGGUUGGGACUCUUGAUCUCAAUCAAUGUCUAAGAUUACCAGAUGAAAUUACUGGAAAGAAACCUGAGGGAAUUGGAGCUGAUUUUUUAAGGGCAUACCUGAGCAAUGUAUGUGUCGCCAAGGAACUACAUAGACAAGGCUUGGGUUAUGAACUUAUUGCAAAGUCAAAAUUAGUAGCUCAAGAAUGGGGCAUUACUGACCUAUAUGUCCAUGUUGCUGUCGUCAAUGAACCAGCAAAGAAGUUAUACAUGAAAAGUGGCUUCAUCUUUGAGGAUGAUGAACCUGCAUGGCAAGCCAGGUUUCUUGAUCGGCCACGAAGGCUUCUACUAUGGUUUGGUCUCCCUGUUACACAUGAUCUGUAACGAUACAUUGCUCAUUUAUCUUCUGUCAUCCCCUUUUUAUUUUUUAUUCCAACAUUUUUUUUUAUGUUUAUAGCAUUAAACAAACCCUUGUUCUCACUUUAAAUUGUAAAGUUUUUCUUCCUUAUAUCAUUGUUACAAGAAUUUUAUGCAA